CCCCUCCCCCGCCCCAACGAAAUCCCAUCCACCCUCCGCGCCCGCCUCCUCUACCAGUCCCGCAAGCGCGGCACCCUCGAGUCUGACCUCCUCCUCAGCACCUUUGCCCGCGACCACCUCGCAGCCAUGGACGAGGCGGAGCUGAAGGAGUAUGAUAGGCUCCUGGACGAGCCGGACUGGGAUAUCUACUACUGGUCCACGGGCAAACGCACUCCGCCAGAACGAUGGGCCCAUUCGGCCAUCCUCGAGAAGCUCUCCGUGCACGCCAAAAACGAAGGCAGAGUCGUCAGACGCAUGCCCUCUCUU